AUGAAUAGCGUUAAGUGCUAUGGGCGUUUCUUACCUGCGUCAAAAUUAGACAAUGACCGAAAGGAAGAAAAGCAAUUUUUAAAAAAUGAAGAAAUUCUAACCAGAAUAUAUGGAGAAAAAAUAUCCAAUUUGAAAAUUUAUAAUGAUAUACUUAAAAAGAGGAUAAAGAAAUUAACAGAUGGCGUCAGUAAUUUAUUCAUUGUUUUAAAUAAUGAUGAAAAAGACGCAACCAUGUUAACUGUAGGGGAUGGAAAUACUUCCUCAGGAAUUCUUUUUUAUCUCAUCAACGAUUUGGUAUGUGUCAAUCGGUCCAACUCUAAGCUCCUUAUCACAUAUAGCCAUUUCGAAAUUGUCAGAAAUAGGGUGAAUGAUAAAUUGAAGAGGUAUGUCUUUCCUCACAGCAACAUGAUCAAUGUUGGAAGUUGUUUGGGAUGUGAGAACGGAGUCUAUGACUGGGUUAGCAGAACAAGGGAAUCUCACAAGGAUGACAUCCCCUCCAGUGGGUGCCACAUAAAAUAUAAAAUGGAUGAAUAUCAGCAAAAAAAGCAAAUUUCCCAUGGUGGACACACAGAAAAAAGGGAAGGAAAGAAUCUCUGUAGGGUGUGCAUCGAAUUGGAAGAGAAUAGACUAAUUAACUCAAGUUUCCCCUUUGAUAUUGACAGUUUCGUAAAAGGAAAAAAAAAACAAAAGUACGGAGGGAGGCACAUGCAGUGGAGAAGUACGGGGGAAUGGGACCCCACUGCUGUGCGGAAAGUGUACCUAAGUGGACAGAAUAUACGGCAUGUCUUUAAAAUGCUAUAUAGAAGCAGGAGGGACAAGUUCAGGGAGGGUUUACAUCAUGAGGUGACCUAUGAGGUGGUUCAGUUCGAUGUGGAGAUGCUACACGGGGGUGGUCUAGACAUGCCGGGUGUGAGAAGCUUUUCAGAUGGUGGGAGCAAUUCUAACGUAAGCAACGAAUGGUCCAUUUUUAGCAAAUCCUCCGUUUCCACUUGCUCCUUAACCAUCAUCGUAGUUAAGAAUCUGAAAGGGACUGACUCCUCGGAACGGGCUUUUCUUUCCCACUUCUGCGAGCUCUUCUUAAAAAGGGAAGUAGAAGAGAAUUGCAUAAGAGACCCAAAUUCAACAGUUCGAAAAAAGCACCCACUAAUAAUUAAGUAUUUGUUCAGUUUGUACAAAUUUCCCCCCUUAAGAGGAAGCACCACGGGGAUGAAUUAUCUCCCCUUUGAGCUAAACUUCAUAUAUAUUUCCAACAAUUUCAAAAAGUACAGAGCAGCUAGCGAAUUUAUUUAUGCCUACUUAAAACGCCUGAACAGGUCAGAAUAUUUUGUACAACCAAAUAAAAAAAAGCAGUAUCUAAAGAGUGAAUUUCACAAAGUAGAUGAAAAUAUCUACGUAGUUAGAAAUCUGUUAAAUUAUUACGUAAAGUUGGAGAUACGGGGGGUAGAAAUUAACCGGAGGGUUUCUGAUUUGAGGAAUUAUCUUACCAUAUUAGAAUCGUCUGUAAUUGGAGGGAAAAGAAGAGAUUACCACAUAUGGACUGAAAACAGAAUCAACAACGUUUUAAACCUUUGCAGGAGUAGCACAUCCGAAUCGGAUGAACAAAUGCAAGUAAAAAGAAACAAUUCAUGCUGUCCAGAGAAGGAAUUUCUUUUCUUUUUUAAAAAGGAAGGGAGGAUAGGGAGAAAUUACAAGGAGGCUGUAAGAGAAAAACAACAUGAGGGUAAAUACGAAGAUAAGGUAACAGCACCAAGAAGCACACAGAUGGAGGAAAAAGCGAAAGAGAAGGUCAAACAUUUAUGGAGCUUAAGAAAUGUAAACGAAAUAAAAAAAGGAAAGCAUAAUCCGGAUAAGAUGCAAUUUAAAUUAAGUUUGCACAGAAGGGGGAGAACAAAUCUGGUUGGAAGUGAGGAUCACUCUAGUAUAGACACUGACUGCUCAAGUGGGUAUGCCAAUUUAGAAAAAUGCAACCAACAUUGUUAUAGAAAUGUGAAGAAGAAAAAGAGCAAUGUGCUAGACAAUACUUGUAAGAAAAAGGAAGAAAUAAUUUUGGUAGACCCUAAUUCGCACAGAAAACGUAUCCCCGUUAAAUAUGCAUCUAACGCCACGUGUACACACUGCGAGAAGGAUAAUUCCUUAAAAUGUAGGGUAAAGGUUUCUUUGCCGAAUGACGAGAAUUUACUUCAUUCCCCUAAAUUGGAUGCAAUUAACGGCGAUUCCUUCCCUAGACGAAGUACCCGUAUGAAGAAUUCUGUGCGUACAAAUGGAAUAAACCCCGAAUGGAUCCAUCCAUCAUGCAUGGAUCUGUUCAGUAAUACAAUGGAGGUGGAGAACCUCAACGAUAGGACCAUUUCGAGUCAUAAGGGAAAGGAAAAGAAAUUCCUGUUCUAUGAUAUUCUUGGGAUGGCUUACUCUAAAGGGCCAUCUAGUUCGUCCGAGGAUAAUGAAAACCAACUCCAAACCGUUCUACAUAACAUUGAACAGAAUAGAGAUUUCCUGAAAAGCAUUUCCACCUUGAAUUCGGAUAUUAAGAGGGGGAAGAAAAGGAUAGACAGACGAGCGAAGAGCUUAUUCGAGCAAGUAGAUCUGUGCCUCGAGGGGGACGCCCGCGCCGUCGAGGGAAGAGGAAGGAUGGAGAAGUUGCAUGUUAUGGAGAAGUACCUUAAGCUGGACAGAAAUGACCAUCCAAACGGAACAGUAGAAAGGGUGGGAAAAAAUGGAGAAUCUCAAACAGAUCGACAAUAUGGAAAGAAAAAUAGAACGAAGAAAGACUAUACAUGUGUAGAGAUGGAGAUAAAAGGAGGAUCCAGAAAAUUAGCCUUACAGGAAUGUGCCAAAUCGAAGGUAAGAGGUGGGGAGAAUAAUGUGGGCUGCUCUGAAAAAGGGGACAAGUCUGUAAAGUCUGUAAAAUCUGGAAAGAGCAUUGUUGGGCAUAGAAAAAUGGAAAACUCAAAUAACAGUCUAACUUCGCACAUGUCGGAAGGAAAGGAGACUAAUAAAUUUGAUUACUCCGAUGAGAACACCUCAAAAGGUGCCCCUAUAAAUGAUCGUCUCGACACCCCGACACAGAAACCUUCUCUUUACACAACAAAAGUUGAUAAUAAAUCCAAGUGUGGAAAGUCCACCGCGGAAGGAAUAAGUAGUAAGUAUAUCCUCGAGAUGGCAACUAAUAAUUUACCUGACAAAGGAAAAGAAAAAAAGAAAAAAAAAAAUUGUGUGGAACACUCUGUCCACUUAAAUGGUUGCCAGAUGGAUAAAAAGAGUGUAGAACGUAUUUUUUUCCCCAUCAAAAAAAGGGAUUCUAAAUUGGCUUUAGAUGAAAACGAAUUAGACCCUCUCCAUAAGGAUAGCCCUUGGUUAGGUCAAAAUGGAGGUAAUAUAGAAAAUGAAAGAAAAAUGGAAGAAAGUACACGAAGAAUGGAGGAAGAUUUUCUUCACGAAGAGCGCUCUAAUUUCAGUGGUCAUCACAUUCUUAUGUGCGAUGGAGAAUCGCAAAGUGGGAGGUCAUCUAGAAUAGCUGAAACUGGAGGAGGUACGCAUGUUUCGUAUGAAAAGGGUGAUGAUAAGGGAAUAAACGCAAUUAAGCAGGUGCAAGAGGAGGAAGAAAGUAAUAUGCGUUCGUCCAUCGAAAGCGUAUUCUCAUUUUCAUCAAAAAGUAAGAACGAGGCGAACAAAGACAACCACUACUGGAGCAGUCAAGCUACGGACGAUGAGAUACUGAGUGGUUGCACAUUAGACGGAGAAACAAUUAAGGAAUUAUCGCCAAAUGAAAAAAAAAAGUACGCAGUAAGGGGAUCAAAUGGAAUGAUGAAAAUGGGGAAAAAAAGACAAAACUAUAGUUUGGAUUGUGAAGGUAAUGAAAACUUGACCCUGGAUAGUUUAGGUUCCCAAUCGGAAGGAGAACGCACCAAUGUCGGUGAUUCUUGCGAAGACGACCUGGAGAAGAGCAUUACCAAUUAUCAUAAUAAUUUUAAAAAGCUACUAAAAUCGCAUAUGAGUUUUUUACAGAAAAAAUAUGUAGACGAUAAAAAGGAUUUGGAGCUUCUAAAAAAGAUAAAAUUUGCAAAAGGAGUCCUGCGAGAGUAUAACAAUGUUUUGGGGCGUAAUUGUAAUGACAAGGAUGAGAAGAGCGUACUUGUCAGCCAAGUUAUUUCCAAAGGAUGGGGAAUUGGAGAUGCGAUGUUUGAACAGAAUUGCGAGAGGAGUCGCUGUGAUACAUAUUCAAAACUUGUAGACACGUGCAAAAAUUCCAAAGAUGUAUUUUUAAGAGAGAGGAAUGAAGGAACUGAUAGUGGCGUAGUGCACGAAGGAAUAGAUGCGGAAAGUGUGGACGGAGGAAUUUCCCUGACGGGGGGUCAAAUGGAUCUUUCUCCUUUUUACAGAAAUGUGAAUGAGGAAGUGGGUACGAAUGAGGUGAAACAGAUCGAAAGGUGUAGUGUCGAGAGGAGUACUGAUCCCUACCGUACUGUUAAAUGUGUGGACACCGAUAAGAAUCCCCCACCUAGUCACAAAUCGAAGGAGAGCAAUUAUGGAAAUAGUGACUAUGUUGACAAUUUAAACGGGGUAGAAAUGGAAAACAGUUAUACACCGAAGGGGGAAGAUAUCCAAUGGGAGGAGCCCCAAUCGUGCAUCAGUAGGAACGAAAAGGAACACAUAUCCGGUGAAAAUGAUAAAAACGUUAAUGCAUCUACACAAUAUUAUGAAGAAAAUGUCCCCAUGGAUGAUCCUCCUCACAAAGGAAAAGUUCUGACAUGUGAUCCAAAUGACCUUUACAAUGAAUAUGAAGAAGAACCAUUGGGGGAAUAUAAAAGGAGCGCCCUGCAUGGAGACCAUUUGGACGAAUUACAAAAUGGAAGGCGUGCUAAAUCAGAGUUAAAUUACCCCUCCAAAUCUUAUGGUUCGGAAAACCCUCCCUCCACGCAUAGGGAUAACGAAGAAAAACGCAAUAGUGGAAGAGGAGAAAAAGACAGAAGUGGACAUGUGAUGGAAAGGGACAUGCACAGAAGUGACCUGGUGGAAAAACCCCAUAUGGGUGAACUAUUUAGGGGGAGAAGUUUCAGUUCCAAAUUGGGAGAACGUGAAGAUAUUGUGGUAGAGGAUUCCUUCAUGAAGGUCGAAGGCAAUUCACCUGACUGUACAGGCGAAAAAACAACUCUACAUAGCCAUGCAGUUAUGCGGAAAAUGAGGAGAAAAAAAAAAGUGCUGAAAAUGGAAAUACAGGAUGAGGCAAACAAAAUUAACAGGCUUUCCUCAAAAAAGAAGAAAUUAAUGUCCUUCAUUUUGAGGGCCAUAGAAAGAGGCGAAAAGGAUGAAGAACUCAUCACGAUUGUAAGAAGUGCGAUAUUUAAGAUGGAAUAUUUUGAGCAAAAAAAAAUAAGCAAACUGAAGAGGAUGGAAAAGGAAUUUCAAAAGUUAACUCAUGUAGAGGAAAAAAUAGAUAGCAAUUUUCUCAUGAGGAAAAGCCAAUUUAGCAGGAAAAAAAAUCAACACAUGGAAGUGUGCAACAGAACUGUAAGGUGCAAAAAUGGACAGGAGGGGGAAGACGACAACAAAGUUUACCAGAAGUGUGGUAGCCCUUUGGACGAAAAGAAAAAUAAAGACACACACAGUUAUGAAUAUCAAAGAAAGGAUAAAAAUGUGCAAAAGAGUUUUCAGAAAAAAUCGCAAAGGAAUCACGAAACCAGUGGUGUGCAUCCACUCCGCGGUGGGGAAAAAAAAGAAAAAAAAAAUAACUGUGCACAUGUGGACGCGCUUCAAAAGGGUCGCGUUUGCAACAAUUUUUUCGUUUUAAAUGGCUACAAUAGGAAAAGCAAAAAAUCGAUCGAAUUUACCGACUUGUGCGUAAAUUUGAAAAAGGAAAAGUACAGCACUUUACCGCUGGACGGAGAACAGGAGAUGCAAGUUCUUCCCUCCCUUAAUGCGGCAAAAUUAACCCAUGAAGCACUGACUGAAAAAAGCCAAAGUUAUCUUAUACCGCCAAGCGGUGACUUGUACCCUAAAGAAGAAAAGAACACUCCUGGUGAGGACCACAACGCGAGAGGAGUCGACACUGGUGGAGUUAAAUGUAGAACAAUCUUCACGUCAGCAGAGGACGCAAAGGAGUAUGAUGCAUUUUUCCAAAAUAAUGGGCAUACCGCCGACCGUUUACCUAAGCUAGGUGGGAAUCGAUUGGACGGGAAUCAACAGCACAUAGGGCAUUUCCCCCCCUCCAAUGAUAAAAACGCACGGGGGGAAUUCCCCCAAUGGGAUAGGGACUCUACCGAAGAAACAGAUAAAAAUAAAGACAGAAAUAUAACUGUAGCGUACAGGGUUGGGAACAACGUAAGAGUAUCCACCCCGCGUAGUAGCGAUACGUUUAAGCAAAGGGGAAAGGGGAAAAGGAAGACCAAGUUGGGAUUAUCCUAUGACAGACAGUUGGAGGGGGAAAAUAGACUCCACUUAACAAGGAAUCCAGCGAAGGAGUGCACAACUGAACAAGCAGAAAAUUUAAGAUUAAAUUCCUCUUGCUUCUCCAACGGGGAUAGAAGCAAAACGGAGGGAAUAUCUCCAUCCACGGAGAGUGCUGGCAAGUCUACACGUCACUUACAAGUUGGGGUGAAAAUCCCACUGUCUGAGGGGAGCAUACAAACCGGGGAAAGACACAGAAAGGGGGAAAACAUACCUGAUAAGGUGAGAAAAAAAAAAAAAAAAAAUAUCGAUAGAGACGAAAAAAAGGAGAAUAAGGGUGAUAAGGAAGACUCCUCUUGGGAGAUAGGUUUAGGGGAUGCCAGAACUGAAGAAAGACCUAGAAAUAAGCAGAUUGAAAAAAGAACCUUACUAGGAAAUCCAAACAACUUUCACGUAAGUUUAAAAAUGGACCCCACGCGAGGUAAAAAUUUGCAAAGAAAAGGUUCAUUCCGUAGGGGAGACACGAGCAGGAGAUUUCUUCCGUCAGCAAAUUCGCCAUCCACUUACACGCCAUUUCUUUACGCACAACGUGAAGGUGGAUACCCAGAAUUAAUUCCCCAUUCGUCUAGCCUGCACCGCCGACGUGUUGUCCCACCAGAAUGGAAUGGAACAAUGGGAACUUAUGGGAAUCCCCUCCCCAGGUGCCAAACCAAGGACAAAGCAAAAACCAAGAGGUGUGAAGAAGAAGAAGGGAGCAAACUGAACAGGAUCCAACGCAGCUUCAUAAAUGUGAAGCAUAAGUCGACGCCCGAAACAGAGGUAGGCAAAAACAUGGAACAAAUUUCAAUAAAAACAGUUAUUAAUCGUCAGAGGGAAAAAACGAUCCCGUGCAUUAACUACGACACUGAUAGGUAUAGCUUCAAGUUGGGAUGGUGGAAUUGGGGGAAACAGUCGAAGCUACUGGAAAAUAUAGAAAGGUGUAAGGAAAACAUUAAAGAGAAAUACUAUCAAAAUAGGAAAGAGUGCAAAUAUAGGUCAUCUACCAAUUGGACAAGCAAAUAUUUUACAAAAUUCCAACCGAAUGAAUAUUUAUACAUUCCUGUGACAAACAAGAAUUAUUUUCGAAGCAAGAAUUCCCUUAAAAUUAGGAGCAACCCAGUGAGCGAUUUCCACAAACUUAACUUGAAACCCAUAACUGGGUUUUUGCAAUCUUAUGAAAAGGAAAAGCAACGACAAAGACAAGUACCUCAAGCAGUCAUUAGGGUAUCUAACGUUCCUUACGUUAUGGAGGAUUAUAAUGUGAAGAGGGGGGUACCCAAAAUGGAGGGAAAAAGGGGGAUCACCUUGGGAGAGGCAAACAUUCUCCUUUCGGAGGAUGAAGAAUCCAAUUUGAAUGGCACGUCAGGGUUUUUCGCCAAGGUUUCCAAAAAGAGUGCCCCCAGUGGGUACGUUCCCAACGGGCAAGACAGCUACUCCAGUGGUACAAACUCGAAUGAUGAGAAAAACUCCAAGGGAAUUAUAUUUAAAUGCAGGACGAAGCGGGCUCAUAAAACGGAUAACAGAGACAGAAACAGUGGAACGACCCAUGGGAAAAUGAAUUCUAAAAUCAGGUUAUACAACAUUGGGCACGACAUAAAUGAGGGAAGGACACGCGCUUGUAGGAAGGGCAAAGCCCAUAGCGGUGACGAAGGAUUAAAUGAAAAAGAUGGGUUGGGACAAGGCUGGGACUCCAAAAAAAAGACUACCGUGAAGGUAAGGAAAUAUAGAAUUCGAUCCAUUGAGUCACUUUCUUCUGUGCAGAGUGCCCCAGGGAGAACCCCCCCGGGUUGUAGCUCCUCUAUGGUGCGGCUAUCCUCUGAAAAUACCGAUAGCGACAGCGCAGGAAGUAGAGAAGAUGUAAGUACCACUAAUGCAAAAUACAAAGUCAAUUUGAAAUCUAAGAAAAGGGCAGAUUACCCACAAGGGGAGGAUCCUACAAAUACACCCCCAUCUCAAUGUAGCAAUAAAUCAGAAGUGCAAAACUGUAGUAGGCGCAGUGAUAGCAGCUGCCAUAGUACAUCUUCACGGGGAAGCCCACAUGAGGCAUUUCAAAAGGAUUCUAAAGGAGACCCUCACAGGUGUAUGACCCAGAGGAACAAAUUGACAAAUUGUGAGGAAAAUGAUGAGGAGAAAAUUUUAUCUAGACCAAGUUACAAGCACAUGAACAUAAGUAGCAAAAGGGAGUAUCCUGGAUAUAGGAAUAAAUAUGACACGCCUUUUAACAUGGACAGGGAAAGUUACACAAACAUGGAAAGUGAAUUAAGAAGAAAUUCUCACAGAAUAUAUUGUGAUGGAAGUGAGAGGACAGAUUCGUCUUCUGAUUCAAUUGGGGAAACUUCAGGGGAAGGCCCAUGCAGAAAGCAAUACCUUCUAAAGGAGAUAAACCAAGUGGACUACUUACAGCCCGAUAGCUAUCACAUGGGAAAAAGAAAAAACAAAAAAGAACAAAGCAGUAAAAAUUUCCAUGACAAUUAUUACCCUCCUACGAAUGAUAGUUACUACGAAGGGCAGCAUAGAGAUAGUGUUAACCCUAAGACACGUGGCAGGAAGAGGUACGAUGCCGAUUAUUUGGAAAAGCAAUACGAUGAGUAUUUUUACGAUAGUUAA